AUGGAGUACGCAUCAACUAACUAUGAACCUUCAUCGCUGCCGUCGCCGCCGCCGUCGCCGUCAUCCUCCGCCGUGUCUUUGUCUUCCUCUUCUCCUAACUCUCCACCUACCGAUCUACCGCCUGCCGUAGCUUCAUUACCUUCAUCCUCUCGCUACGUUUUUUCGCCGGUGACCAGCUCUUGUGCCGCCUGUAAGUUCUUAGGUCGGAACUGUGCAAAGAAUUGCGUGUUGGCACCUUGGUUUCCUCCUAAUGAUACCAUCAAUUUCAGCACUGUCCAUCGUGUUUAUGGUGCUAGCAAUGUCAUCAAGUCCUUGCAGGUGCACUUUUGA